AUGCGGAGUGGCGCUGUUGCUUUUGUGGGUCUCGGACUGCUCCAGGCCUUGUCAUCCACGGCCGAGUAUGUAUGGCCGUCGAAGUACGACUAUCUGGAGGAUUUGAGGUAUCUUCAGUCCGGAUAUAUCCGCAAUGGCUUCCGCGAUGGUGUCACUCCUUGCGACUUCUCUUCUGCUGGAGCAGGCCGCCAGACAGCGGCGGAAUGGGUCCGCACGGCUUACCAUGACAUGGCUACUCACGACGUCGCCGCUGGUACUGGCGGACUGGACGCGUCAAUCAUGUUCGAAACCGAACGUGAUGAGAACGUCGGAGACGCCUUCAACGGCACAUUCGGGUUUACCAACAACUAUUACAACAUCAGGGCCUCUGCUGCUGACCUCGUCGCUCUAGCCACUGUUGUCGCCGUUGGUAGUUGCGGCGGUCCGAAGAUCCCCUUCCGUGUUGGUCGGGUCGAUGCCACCGAGGCUGGGCCACUGGGCGUCCCUAAGCCUGAUCAAGACAUCGACACGCACAUACAGACCUUCGCUCAAGCAGGCUUCAAUGUCAGUGAGAUGAUCACUAUGGUCGCCUGCGGCCAUACCCUUGGCGGCGUUCAUGGGAAGGACUUCCCUGAGAUCACCUUCAACUCGUCGGAGACCAACUUCGUGCACUUCGAAAACGACGACUCUUUUGAGUCCUUCGAUAACGCUGUCGUGACUGAGUACCUCGAUGGCAACACGAGCAAUCCACUUGCGGCCGGUGCAAACACUACCACGAAUAGCGAUGCUCGGGUGUUCAACGCUGAUCGAAACGCCACUAUGUCCUCGCUUGCCGAACCCGCUAUCUUUCAGGCCCAAUGCGCAUCCAUCCUCGCGCGCAUGAUAGACACUGUACCCGCCACAGUCACACUGUCGGGUCCGCUCGAUCCCGUCCCCAUCAAGCCAUACAUCGUCUCGUUCUCCCUUGUUAACGCAUCGCACAUCGCAUUGAGCGGUCGCAUCCGGGUGCUCACCGACUUUGACACCUACGAUGACCAAGUUGUGCAUCUGACAUACGUCCCGGCUCGAUCCACCGACGACGGUUCGUCUCUGAACACAACCAUUGCCACCACGCGCGCCACCUUCCAGCUCGGUACCAGCUCCGGGCUCUUCUCCCCCGAUGAGGUCUUUGCCUGGCACGAGUUCGACGUCGUACUCCCCGCCACGUCGUCCAUCAAGGGCUUCAACGUGACGGUCACCCGCAAGAGUACGGGCGAAGCUGUCACGUACGACAACGCAGGCAGCAGAGAUGGUUACCCACUCGAUGACGCGGUCAUGUAUCUGGACAAGCAGUCAUGCAAGUCCGUGCCGGCGGGACAGGAUGAGAGCAGUGUGGUACGGGAUGUCACGAUCAAGGCCGCUGUGCGGACAGAAGUUUUUGCUACGGAAGGGACGACAGUGGGUGUUGAUGUUGUGAAGAAGGUGGCGAGGCAGGGGGUUGCAGUCUCGGCGUUGGUAGUGGAGAGAUGGGAGGAGGCCACAGAUGCAGAGCCACAGGAUGUUGGCGAUUGGACCAUUGUGGAAGUCAAGGGACAGCUGGAGGGCGAUAGCUUGAACACGACGUUUGACAUCGUCGUGAGCGAAGGCGAGGACGAGAAAAGGGUUGAAUUUCAGAGCACGGGGGCGCUCACCGAGAAAUGCAGUGAUGUGGCGUUUUGA